CGCAUCACUACAUAUACCGAGACCACGGCUUUCUCUGCCCACCUCUCUUCUUCUCAUCGAAAAGCCCCACAGUUAGGAGCCCCUACUCUCAUCGCUAUCUCCUCCUUAUCCCACUAGUUUUCGUCACAAUGGCCCAGCUCGCCGCUUUCAAGAUCCCCGAGAUCCGUAACGAGCCCAUGCGCUCGUACGGCCCCGGCUCGACCGACCGCCAGAAGCUCGAGGAGGCUCUUGCCCGCCUCGACGCCCAGGCUCCCUUCGACGUCCCCGCCGUCAUCAACGGCAAGGAGGUCCGCUCGGGCGACAUCCAGCCCCAGCCCAUGCCCCACAACCACGCCAAGAACCUGUCCAACUACCACGCCGCGACCCCCGAGGCCGUGACUGCCGCCAUUGACAGCGCUCUUGCCGCCAAGAACGACUGGGAGAACCUCCCCUGGGCCGACAAGGCCGCCAUCUUCCUCAAGGCUGCCGACCUGAUCGCCUUCAAGUACCGCUACGACAUCAUGGCCGCUACCAUGCUCGGCCAGGGCAAGAACGCCUGGCAGGCUGAGAUCGACUCGGCUGCCGAGCUUGUCGACUUCCUCCGCUUCUCGGUCAAGUUUGUCGAGCAGCUCUACACCCAGCAGCCUUCCGAGAACUCGGAGGGUGUCUGGAACCGUACCGAGUUCCGCCCUCUCGAGGGCUUCGUCCUCGCCGUGACCCCCUUCAACUUCACUGCCAUUGGCGGCAACCUCGUUGGCGCUCCCGCCAUUGUCGGCAACGUUGUCGUCUGGAAGCCCUCCCCCGCUGCCACCUACUCGUCGUACCUCGUCUACAAGAUCUUCCUUGAGGCUGGUCUCCCCCCGAACGUCAUCCAGUUCGUCCCUGGCUCGCCCCCCGACAUUGUCAAGCAGUGCAUCGACCACAAGGAGUUUGCCGGUCUCCACUUCACUGGCUCGACCCACAUCUUCCGCAAGCUCUGGAAGGACAUUGCCAACAACAUCGACAUCUACCGCGGCUACCCCCGCAUUGUUGGCGAGACUGGCGGCAAGAACUUCCACUUCUACCACCCCUCGGCCGACAUCAAGUCGGGCGUCGUUCAGGCUCUCCGUGCCGGCUUCGAGUACUCGGGCCAGAAGUGCUCGGCCCUUGCCCGUGCCUACGUUCCCCGCUCGCUCUGGGAGGGUGGCUUCAAGGACGAGCUUGUCAAGCAGGCCAAGUCGAUCACCAUCGGCCCCUGCACCGAGUUUGAGCACUUCACCGGCCCCGUCAUCGGCCGCCCCGCCUACGACCGUAUCACUGGCAUCAUCGAGAAGGCCAAGGCCCAGGGUGGCGAGAUCCUUGCCGGCGGCAAGGGCGACGACUCCAAGGGCUUCUUCAUUCAGCCCACUGUCAUCCUUACCAAGGACCCCAAGUCGAUCACCAUGACCGAGGAGAUCUUCGGCCCUGUCAUCACCGUCUUCGUCUACGAGGACAAGGACAUUGACGCGACCCUCAAGCUCAUUGACACCACGACUGAGUACGGCCUCACUGGCUCCAUCUUCGGCCAGGACCGCCAGGCCCUCGCCCACGCCUCGGCUGCCCUCCGCAACGCCGCCGGCAACUUUUACAUCAACGACAAGUGCACCGGCGCUGUCGUCGGCCAGCAGCCCUUCGGCGGUGCUCGCGCGUCUGGCACCAAUGAUAAGAGCGGAAGCAUUUCCAUCCUGUAUCGAUUCAUCUCCGCGCGCUCGAUUAAGGAGAACUUCAUCGCGCCCUCGGAGUACGCGUACCCCUCCAACCUCGUUUAAGCGACGAACCGGCAUUUGUCUCCCCCUCACGUUGGCCUGUUAGCAUUAUGUGGCAUUAAUAGCUGUUCUGUAGAGUAUGAACCUGUCAUCAUGGA